CAGGAAUAAAAUAAGCCUCCGCCCGGCUUCGUUGCAUCCACGCACGCAGCAAGCGAUCGGAUUUCGCCAGCAUGGCGGCGGCGGCCGUGGUGUUCGACGCCGAGGCGCUGAGCCGGGAGGAGCACAUCCCGGCGCAGUUCGUGUGGCCCACCGAGGAGCGGGCGCCGGCGGGCGGCGUGGAGGAGGUCGCCAUCCCCGUGGUCGACCUCGGCGAGUUCCUCCGCCGCGGGGUGCUCCCGCGCGGCGUGGCGGAGGCGUGCGAGCGCCACGGCGUCUUCCAGGUGGUGAACCACGGCGUGGGCGCCGCGCUGCUCGCCGAGGCCUACCGCUGUUGCGACGCCUUUUACGCGCUCCCGCUCGCGGACAAGCAGCGCGCGCAGCGCCGGCACGGGGAGAACCACGGCUACGCCAGCAGCUUCACGGGCCGCUUCCACUGCUGCCUGCCGUGGAAGGAGACGCUGUCCUUCAACUGCCCCGCCGGUGCCGGGACUGCGCGCGCCGUCGUCGGCUACUUCGUCGACGUCCUCGGCGAGGACUACCGCCACAUGGGGGAGGUGUACCAGGAGUACUGCGACGCGAUGACGCGUCUGGCGCUGGACGUGACGGAGGUGCUGGCGGCAGCGCUGGGGCUGGACCGCGGCGCACUGCGCGGCUUCUUCGAGGGCGGCGACUCCGUCAUGCGGCUGAACCACUACCCGGCGUGCCGGCAGCCGCACCUGACGCUGGGGACGGGCCCGCACCGGGACCCGACGUCGCUGACGCUGCUGCACCAGGACGACGUGGGCGGGCUGCAGGUGCGCGCCGGCGGCGGGCCGUGGCGCGCGGUGCGGCCCCGCGCGGACGCGUUCGUGGUCAACAUUGGCGACACCUUCGCCGCGCUCACCGACGGGCGUCACACCAGCUGCCUGCACCGCGCCGUGGUGACCGGCGGCGGCUCCCGCCGGUCGCUCGCCUUCUUCCUCAACCCGCCGCUGGACCGCGUCGUCCGCCCGCCGGGCGCGCUCCUCCAGGAGAACAAGCAGGCGGGCCGCCCGCGCGCGUUCCCGGACUUCACGUGGCGCGAGUUCCUCGAGUUCACGCAGAAGCACUACCGGUCGGACGCGGGCACCAUGGACGCCUUCGUGUCGUGGAUCGCGGGAGGCCGCCGCCACCAUGGCGGACAGGAGGAGGGCAACUGAGAUCGAUGCAUCUCUAGCUGUAGGCAGCAGCGCAGCAGCUACCAAGAAUAAUGGCCGGCGACGGAGAUGCAGCUACGACGCACAAAUAAAUUGAGUGUUUGUGGUACAAUAAGGACGAGGACGAUCAAUGGCGACCUGUAACCGGUGCAGUUUUAGUUAAUCUUUCAUGGCGAUAUGGCAUUAACCAAUCGUUGGUGUAAAAUGCGUGCAUGCUUUGCAUGCCAAUGUUGGCCAUGUGAUGGCACAGCGUGAGUGUAGCUCACCCACCGUGACAACGUGCUAAUUUCGUGUGGUCCUAGAUACCAAGGUCGUCUAAUGAACUUGAUGGAUUGAUG